GUUCCAAUUGCGGAUUACGAAGCUUGACCGACGAUAAAGUUAAAUGAUCCCUGUGAAAACUCGGAUUAUUUUUAGUAAAUAAAAUUUACAUAUUCAGAAACUACAUUAAACCCGCUACAAAGCCUGCAAAAAAUAAUUCAACUUUUAUAAAAUUUUGAUAUAAAAAGUAAGAGAUUAAGAGUGAUUUAAGUUGACCAAUUGAAUAGUGAAAUGGAACUUCUUUUAGGGAUAGAGGGAGUAAAAAACAAAAAACAAACAGACCAUCUCUCUAUCUCUGACUUUCUAUAAUUUUGACACAUUUUUUCACAUUAUCUGAACGUUGGUGAGUGCAAAAAAACAAAACAAAUAUGGAAAGUAAGAGAGGAUGUACAAUCCCAUUUAAUGUAUACUAUGUAUAUACAUAAAACAAUCAUUGAUACGUGCACGUUAUUAAGGAUCCUGAAAACGAUUUUGUAUCAAUCUGUACUGUACCAUCGGUAUCAUGAUUUGUCUGUCUGCUUAUUUUUGUGGUUUCUGUUUUACUAGUGAAUGAAUUGAACUCCUCUUUCUGUCCCUUACUCAUUGGUUGACAGACUAGCUAGCUGCACUGCUCCAAGAAUAUGGCAAUCAAGAAAGAUGCCCAGAAAAUGGCAGAAGCAGAUGUGAGAGCCCCACUCAUCAUAGAAGAAGAUGGGCAUGGAGAAGAACAUCCCCAGAAGGUUCAGAGCAAGGAAGGAAGAUGGAUGGUCUUCUUCAGUACAAUUGUUGCUGUCUGUGGUUCUUAUUCUUUUGGAUCUUGUGCAGGCUUUUCAUCACCAACUCAAACUGCUAUCAGGGAAGAUCUACAUCUAUCUCUAGCAGAGUACUCAUUGUUCGGCUCCAUUUUGACAUUUGGGGCCAUGAUUGGAGCAAUAACGAGCGGCCCCAUUGCUGAUUUCAUCGGUCGCAAAGGGGCAAUGCGGAUGUCGAGGACCAUCUGUGUGGCAGGAUGGUUGGCCAUUUAUUUUGCUAAGGGAGCUAUGUCUAUGGACAUUGGAAGGUUGGCAACCGGAUAUGGAAUGGGAGUCUUUUCUUAUGUGGUACCAGUGUUUAUAGCUGAAAUUGCACCCAAAGAGUUGCGAGGAGCAUUGACAACGAUAAAUCAGGUUAAAUAAGUUACAAAUAACUCCGAGGUUUCAAGGCUUGGAACAUACUUAUUAUCAAGACUUCGAGCUAGUGAGCUACACUCUAAAAGCUUAUGAUUUGCACUGGAGUAUCAGUUGCAUUCAUUUUGGGGACAAUUAUGUCAUAGAGGGCUUUAGCAUUAACUGGGAUAAUCCCAUGUGUUGUUCUUGUUAUGGGCCUCUUCAUCAUUCCAGAAUCUCCUAGAUGGCUGGCAAAAAUCGGAAAUCAGAAGGAUUUUGAGAAUUCGCUGUACAGACUUCGUGGAAAAGAUGCUGACCUAUCUGCCGAGGCAGCGGAAAUCAUGGUUCAUAACUUCUAAAACUCGGCCUCGUGUCUCGAGCUCACAUUCUCAAUAUAUCAUUAUUAUGUGGCAGGAUUACAUUGAAAGCCUUGAAAAGCUCCCACAAGCCAGGUUGCUUGAUUUAUGUCAACGAAGAUACUCGCGCUCUGUCAUUGUGGGAGUUGGGCUAAUGGUAUGCCAACAACUUGGUGGCAUUAAUGGAGUAUGUUUCUACACCAGUAGUAUAUUUGAGUCCUCGGGGUUUCCUUCAAAUGUAGGAACUGUAAUCUAUGCUAUUCUCCAGGUUGUAGUCACUGCAUUAGGUGCAGCCUUAAUAGACAGAGCAGGGAGGAAGCCUCUAUUAGUGGUCUCAGGAACAGGACUUGUCGUUGGUUGUGCACUAACAGCCAUCUCAUUCUUUUUGAAGGGACAUGAAAUAGCUGUCAGUGCAGCACCAUUACUUGCUGUUACAGGAAUACUGGUGUACAUCGGGUCAUUUUCAGUUGGAAUGGGAGCAGUCCCAUGGGUAGUGAUGUCUGAGAUAUUUCCUAUAAAUAUAAAAGGAGCUGGUGGAAGCCUUGCAACCCUAGUGAAUUGGUUUGGAGCUUGGUUAUGUUCCUAUACUUUCAACUUCCUCAUGGCAUGGAGCUCGUUUGGAACUUUUGUUCUAUAUGCAGUAAUCAAUGCACUUGCCAUUUUGUUUGUGAUCAAGGUAGUGCCUGAAACAAAAGGAAAAACAUUGGAACAACUACAGGCUGCUAUCAAUGCAUAGUAACAUAUAUAUCUCUUUUUUUAUUUAUUUAUUUUCAAAAGAAAUGAAUAAAAAGAAAUUGCAGUGGUGGAUUAUUGCCCAAAAAUCUUGGUGUAAAUUUAUAUGGAUUAUUUUCGUAGCUUCUUGUAAGCUAUUCGUAGUACCAAAAGGUGGAAUUUCCACCUCGGAGCCUAUGCUCGACCUGAAAGCAAGCGUAGUUAGACAUUAAGAGCCCAUUUCGUAGAAUUGAAAUUGGUUGAAUCGACUAGACAUUGCUGAAUUGAAUUAUGCAAAAAUUAUA